UCCUCUCUGCUAAUUUAUGCAGUUUUUCGCUCCCUUAAUUGCUCGUUUUAUAAUCAAGUAUUUGCAAUUCCCAUCUUUGUUGCCGCUUCUUUCUCCAUAAAUCGAAACUGGGUUUCCAAGGGCAAGCUUAUUUCCCGCGAAAAUGGAGUGGGAAAAUCAAGAGAUGCAACAAGCAGACGAGGAUUUGCAGUACCAAACCCAGAAUGGGGUUUGCGGGAAAGUGAUGACCGAUGAACAGGUCGAGGAAUUGAGGAAACAGAUCGUUGCUUACGCCGCCAUUUCUGAGCAGCUCGCCGAGUUACACAAAUCAAUAUCUGUCCACCACGAUUUCACUGGAAUCAGACUGGGGAAUCUAUAUUGUGACCCGAUAUUAUCAAUUGGCCACAAAAUCACCGCGAGACAGCGAUGGACUCCGACCGCGCUGCAACUCCAGAUUCUCGAGAAUAUAUACGAGCAAGGAACCGGGACUCCGGGCAAGCAGAAAAUCAAGGAGAUAGCAGCUGAACUAGCACAGCACGGUCAGAUCUCCGAAACGAAUGUGUACAACUGGUUUCAGAAUCGUCGUGCUCGUUCGAAAAGAAAGUCAAAGGCAUCCUCUGGUUCCGGCAACGGAGAACCAGGGGCACGAACGGAAGAUGUGGGGGCAAAGGAUCAGAGGACGAAACCGGUGAGUUCAGACUUGGUUAAUAACAUUGCAAACGGGGUUGAAAGCUUCUAUUUCCAGAAUUCUGAUACAGGAAUCGAUCAGCUGAUUGGGAAAGUGGAAUCGUCACGAGGCUAUGAUUCUUACACUAAUCUAGUCGAACAAUAUGGCUUGCUCGGAUGAUUUCUUGCCAUGGUUUUAUUGAACCUCUUGGUUUUGAUUUAGGAAAGAUGAGAUUAACAAUCACAACAGCUUGAUCAUAUUAGAGUAUUUAGUUAAGCAAACGUAGAGUUGU